AUAUUAUAGUUAACAUUUUUACGCAUAAAAAAGAGAUAGACUUAUGUAAUAUUUGAAGGCUAGACACGAACAAAUCAAGGAUGGAUUAUGAAAUGUGAGUAAUCGGCGAUCGACAAGAUUGAUGUGGGUUGAAAAUAAUUAAAAUUUAAAUCAUAUUCUUUUGAAAUACAGUUUAUUAAUUUAAAAAGCGUGGGAAAUAAGGAAAAGUAUCGAUUGGACUGCGGCCGUGGUCAGUUGUUAGUCAUGUUGACGCCGGUUGUGCUGUGUUUUUUCUUCGCUUCUACAUUGGGAUAUGUCGAUAAAGAUUCUCCUCCAGAAUGGAGUCCUGUGUACACAGUGAAGGGAUCUCUGACCAUUCCUUAUGCGGAAUUGAUGGAACCUUUCUAUGCUUGGUAUGAUAAAAAUCAUGGUAAAUCUCGUAUUGACUACUACGGAGGCAUGGUCAAGACUUACCAGCUGACCGGCGCAGUGUACCCGCCGUACGGCACUUCUAUCAAGAUAGCACCAAUAACAACAGAGAAGGUGUUGAACAAAGAGACAUGCCUGCAAGUGAACUCGACGCAGGAGCAGGGGCAGGAGGUGCAGUCAGUGCUCCCGGACAUGACCGACUUCAAAUAUAUUGGCUCGGAGACGAUGCAAGGCUCGGACACGUCCAAAUGGCAGAUGGUGCAAACGAUUGGCGACAAAGUGAACAAGUACACCAUGUGGGUGAAAUACAAGAAGAGUUUGAGGGGGGACCCUGUGCCCAUACCGGUCAGAUACGAAAUGAAAGGUUUCAACUCGCUGCUCGGCUCCCACUACGACCACUACUACCUCGACUACGAGUCGUUCGACGUGGACGAGAUAGACCCCAGCGUGUUCAACUUCGAUGAUGGUACUAUGAAGUGCACCUCGUUCCCCGGUCCCGGAGUGAAUCACCUGGCCACGUUCAACCCUAUGAAGGAGUUCGUGCAUCCGGUUUACUUGGGGCAUGUCCACCAUGAGUUCGGGAGAUUCAAAACUAAACACAACAAGCAUUACGCCAGUGAUGUGGAACACGAGAAGAGAUUGAACAUUUUCAGACAAAAUCUAAGAUUCAUCCAUUCGAACAACAGAGCGCGCCGUAGUUUCACAAUGUCCGUCAACCACCUGAGCGACAGGACUGAUGAUGAACUGUCCGCUUUGAGAGGCAGGAGGUACUCCGGACCCAGUCCCCUGGGACUCCCGUUCCCGUACAGCGAGCGUGUCGUCGAGGAGUUGAGCGUGAAGCUUCCCCCGGAGUUCGACUGGAGGCUGUUUGGAGCUGUCACUCCUGUUAAAGACCAGUCGGUGUGCGGGUCGUGUUGGUCGUUCGGCACGGUGGGCGCGGUGGAGGGCGCGCUGUUCCUGCACAACGGCGGCCACCUCGUGCGGCUCAGCCAGCAGGCGCUCGUCGACUGCUCCUGGGGAUUCGGCAACAACGGCUGCGAUGGUGGCGAGGACUUCAGGGCGUACCAGUGGAUCAUGAGACACGGCCUGCCCACCGAAGAGGACUACGGCGGGUAUUUGGGUCAGGACGGUUACUGUCACAUCGACAACGUCACGGCUGUUACCUCCAUGUCCGGCUGGGUCAAUGUUACCACCAACGAUGAGAAUGCACUGAAGUUGGCGAUAUUCAAACACGGCCCAAUAUCAGUGGCCAUCGACGCCUCGCACAAGAGCUUCAGUUUCUACUCGAACGGUGUUUACUAUGAGGAGAAAUGUAAAAAUAAAAUCUACGAGCUGGACCACGCCGUCUUAGCCGUCGGCUACGGUAUCCUAAACGGGCAGAAGUAUUGGCUCAUCAAGAACUCAUGGUCCAACUUAUGGGGCAACGAUGGUUACGUGCUGAUGUCGAUGAAAAACAACAACUGCGGCGUUGAGACGGCGCCCACAUACGUACUAAUAUAGACGGGUCAUUAUUGACCCGGGUAAGGUGUAUCCGGGUCAGAUUUGGGACAGGUUUUAUUGUGAAGAAUUUUAGUAAUGCUGUGAAAAUAUUAUGGUUAUAUUUUAUUAACAAUGUACUGUCCUAUUAUGUUUCUGGAAUUGUAAUAUAUUGUUUGUUGUUAUUAUCUGACCCGGAUAUAUUAGAACUUUACCCGGGUUUAUCAAUAUACCUGGAUAUAUUUAUCGAAAAAAAUCGUAUAUAUGUCGCAUAAGUAGACCCAAUAUCGAAAGGCGGUAAUUUCAAGCGAAUUUAGAAUAAUAUUUUCCAUAUUUCUGCAGUUUUAAAAAACUUUUGCCCAGCUUUUUGUUAUUGUCGUAAAUUUAUUUCCAUUUUUUUAAAAGCGAAUAUGUAUGUUUUUUUCUCUUUUUUUAUAUUUGUUUAUGAUAGUAUUAAGUCACUGAUAAUAUUUAUUAAUGUUAUAAACAAAAUAUCUAUUUAUCAUAUAUCAUUGGUUUUAAGCAAAUAUGUUUUUAUUAGAGGCUGUGUCGUUCCUUAGCUCUCUAUGCGUCUCUCUAAUGUCCUAUAUGGUGCAAGCGAUGCCUUGCUAUUAUUUUAUAUAAGAUUUAAUAUCGCACUUUUCAAUACUAAUAUCAAUUUUGCUUGUGGUAGGAUAUAUUUUAUAUCCGCCCGGAUAGCGACCACCGCACACAAGGUGUUAUAACCCGCCAUACUGGCCCACGUGUGUCGCGUUCCGGGAUCAGUCUGUGUAUAUCCGGUUCCAACAGGCCGGCAUAAUUGUGUUGAAAAGGGGUAAUCAUCUCUCGUCAGUCGACAUUCUAUUUGUCCAUAUUCCACUUACCAUCAAGUGCUGUAGGUUCACUUUGUCAUGCCCUUAUCAAAAAUAAAAAUCAAUUGUUUAAAGAAGUGGAUAAAAAUUUAUUUCCAUGUUUGUUUUCUUUUAGUAAAAUUAAGGUAAAUAAAUAUAGUUGUUAGAAGCGUUCUAAGUUUUCGUAGUGUAAACUAUUUUAACUAGAAAAGAUAUCAAGCCAUAACUGUGGAUAGAUCUCGGAAAUGGACCAAUCAAAUUAGCCAUUAGUGCGCGUGUCAUACAUUCUUCACUCUGAUUGGUCUAUUUUUGCGAUAGUACUCAAAAUUGUGUAAUUUUAGCCGUUUAACAGCAUCGCAUCGUUUCGACCAUAUGUAGUUAUAAGGCAAACAUUGUGGUAAUAAAAUAAUGAGAAAA